AUGGCGAUCAGCAAGUGUGCGUCCCAGCGACCUUACACCGAAAGAGACAGUAUAAAGCUAACAGUGGAGGGAGAACCUGUUGAACAGAUCAGCAACUUUGUUUAUCUUGGUGCCAACAUCAGUGGGGAUGGUACCAUUGACCGAGAUCUUUACAUCAGGAUCCAGCGUGCUAAUGCUGAAGUCUGGAACACAACAAAGAAGCAGAUGAAACAGUCUGAGGUCUUCCAUCUGACCUCCCUGAGAAGAAUCUUGAAGAUAAAGUGGUUCUUCCAUGUCUCCAAUGAAGAAGUUCUCAGGCGUGCUGGAAUUAAGUCUACCGAAACUUUCAUCGGUGCGGCUAGACUAAGGUGGUACGGACAUGUUGUCACAAUGCCAGAGACGCGGUUUCCCAGUUUCUUACUGGAUUGGAAACCAAACUAUGGAAAGAGACUGAGAGGACGAACCCGCAAAGGCUGGAUGGCCUGUGUACUCGAGGAUGCGGCUGAAUUUACAGGUGUUGAUAACAUCAGCAGAGAUGCAGUAAAACAGUUAGCUCUAAAGCGAGUGGAAUAG